CGAAUAAUAUGGCCGCGUGGUUCGGUUUGCAAUUUCGUGAUGAAGGUGAUUGAGCCGAACUAGUGAGUUUUGUGCUUGGAAUCGUGUGUGUCUAAAUGUGUGUGAUGUGAAAACGACCAAGACGCGUUAUGUUUCGUUUCAUGCGAUCACGUAGGUUCGAUGGUACGUGGAAGUGCUGAAGGCAUCUCGCCAUCGUGACGUACAGUACCUUGCAAUGAACUUCGCAACGAGCUGCGUCGAAUUGCUGCGCGACGAUUCCGACAACGUGCCCUGCUGCGAGCACGGACCCGGGCUGCUUUUUAGACGACUAGGAAUUUCCGGUAAGAAUGACGGGCGCCCUUUCUACGCCUGCUCCGCGUGUCGCCGACGCAAAGACUGCCCGUUCUUCCUGUGGAAAGAGGAGGCUUCGCGCUGCAGCAACUCCAAGUGGGACGCAGUAAAGCGGCGUGUGUUGCCCGACUUGACGCACAGUCAACUGCACGACAAAUAUCUGGAGCUGCUCAAACGCGAGCCGCGCGAGCGAUAUUUCUGUUGCCGCACGCUGCUGUUGAAGAAGGACGUAAAGAAGCGCCACUCGGAGCACUCGUUCAAGAACCCAGUUUCGGACGAUGACCUGAGGCGACCCAGCCGUCUCUUGCACGCCGACGUCAGCAACACCACAAAGGCUCAGUACUUCUUCUCCGACUCCAGCGCGCGCUUCGUCGUCGACACGAUAGCGCGAUUAGGCUUCGAUCGCGUCCUCUGUGUGGGGACGCCAACUCUGCACGAACAUUUCAGGAACGAACCCCAGGUGAAAUCCUUGCUUCUGGACAUAGAGCAGGUGUACGAGCAGUUCUACGGACCCGACGAGUUCUGCUGGUUCAAUAUGUUCAACAAUUUUCACUUUCGCGGUGAGCAGUCGGAGACGGUGGUCAGGGACAGGCUGCUCACCGGCAGUCGCUGCGCAAUCGUAGUAGAUCCUCCGUUCGGCGGCCUAGUGGAUGCCGUCGCGAGGACGCUGGAAAAGUUCGCCGAGCAGGCGGCCACUCUGGACUGCGAGCUCAAAGUGUUCUGGUUCUUUCCGUACUUCAACGAGAAACGCAUCGUGGCGGCCCUGCCUCGAUUGCGCAUGCUCGACUACGCCGUCGACUACGAGAACCACGCAGAUUUCACCAGCGGCGGCAAGAGGGCCAAGGGUUCGCCCGUGCGAAUCUUUACCGACGUGCCUCUGGGACAGAUACCGCUACCAGAGAGCGGCGGGUACACGUUUUGUGCACCGUGCGACCGAUGGGUAGGUCAUCACAACAAGCACUGCGCUGUGUGCAACGACUGUCCGUCUAAAGAUGGUGGUCCGUACAGGCACUGCGAACUCUGCGCGGUGUGUGUGAAACGGGCAAACGAGCACUGUACAGUGUGCGACCGGUGCCUCCCGCCUGGCCACGACUGCCAGUCGAAAGGCGUUACCUGCUUCGCUUGCAAGCAGUCCGGCCACAAAAGCACUGAGUGCAUGCAAAUAACCGCAGCACAGUGCAAGAAUGUGAAAAGGAGCUUCAGCGGCAACAUGUCUCGAUGCAAGAAGAAGCGGCGAUAGUGUCUUCUGUAGGCCGGAAGCCAUUCAUUUACGGGCCACAAAGACCGAGUAAUAAUAAAUACACCGACAAUAAGACCAAAAUACCGGGACACACAUCAAGACACUGGCUUAGACAAGCAGUGCUUACAUAUGAAAAGGUCUCACUACUUGGUAUUUAUUUUAACAGUGAAGGAGCUAGGGAGAUGCAUGAAGCUUGACGCCCACACCAUGGAGUUCACAAUUCCUUUAGUGAAAGGGGGGAAGUUGAGAUGAAUGGAAAAAAGGCAGAAGGAAUGGACAAAGUGCUGAAAAAGUAGAGGAUGCAAAUAAGUCGGUACAAUGUCACAUAUGUGAUAAAUAGUCGAGGAAGGGCUAGAAAUUUCACAGGUGGAAUGCUACAGUUGUGGUCGAAGUUCGUGGGAAGACAUUGAAAGAGCCUGCCACAGCCUCACUGCCUUUGCGAAGAAGGGACUCCAAGCACUACCGAGUGCCCGCAUGAAAGGUUUGCAGGCCCCCGCACCCACCUACGCACCAAUUAACCCAACAGCAAACCCACAUUUUGCUGCAAUACUGAUUUGGAGUGCCCAUUUGCACCUAGUCAAUUUAAAUGGUAAAAAAACUACAUUGCAUCCUACAGGCACACAAUACAGUCCUGCAAAUUUCUGCAUGUAACAUUUUCUCCACCAGAGGAAGAGAUGUGUAAAAAAGUUUGUGGUGGUUUUAAGCAUUGUUCUGCUAUAUGUAGUGUGCUCGAAAACAUCUAUUUGACCAUGCCGGGUGUAUACCUACCUACAUUUUAUGACAGCCGAAUUUCGAAAUAAUGCUUGACAUUUUAAAUAAGCGAGUGAACUUCGAUACAUACCCAAAAUUAUAGCGGAUGACAUUACGGGCGAGGAAGUGCCACAUUUUCUUCACCAGGUGUUCCAACUUGAAACUGCAUGCUCUGUGUGGCUGUGCUAUGCACUUCAGCCACAUUUAGACACUGACGAGGCAUUUUUUUCAACAUGUUUCAUUUGAGCCACUUCUGCACGCAAACACAAACACUGAGCUCAAGUUGCUUUAUUUUUUCUUUGGUGUUUAAUACUGAAAAGUAGAAUAAGUGCAUGCUGUUGCUAUCACACUCCGACAUGGUACUUAUCUCGAACGGCUAAUAUUCACUAAUAGUGUCAUGACAUGGUGGGUUGAACAAGCCAACAUUUUAGCGGUACAUUCGUAAAAGAAUAAAUGCAAGUUUAAUACAUAAAUGCAAGCGAUGCACAAAAGCAAUAACAUAGUAGACUGUGUAACAGCAGGAAAACUUUUGGUGGAACAAGAAGCAGUUUCAGGUAGUGUGGAUAACUGGUGGCCGCUGUGCGAAAUCCUUUCUUUGGAAUGAGUGGAUGUUUUGAAGAAAAUUUACAUGAACAGAUGAUUUUGAUAUAAAACCUGAAAAAAAAAUCGCGCUGCUCACAGGAAAUCAUGCAGACCCUAGGAAGUUGAAAUUAAGUUGGGAGCGGGCAUGACCCUUGGGCAAGACAUUUAGAAUUUGGCAGCAUGUGUUGUGCACUGAAAAUCUCUGAGGAAACCAGUAAUUUUUCUUUCUGGGCAGGGAUAAAGGUUGCCUUGUCCUGCUGUUCGUGUUUCUUUGUUGGUACCGUCAAACUACAUACUCUGGAGAAUUGUGCUAAGAUUAGUCCGACAGCUGACAAUCACCAAAAGCACACGCCAUCUGCUAAGGUGCCAUUUAAAAGCUGUUAAUAAGAAAAUUAUAUCACCACUAGCACUGUGGCACAGUCAAACUUAAAUAUUUCAGAUUUGAGGAGAAUAACAGACAUAUGAAAGGCACCUGGUAGUACACCUUACUGUAUUACAGAUCUCUUUUUAUAUCCUUCACCACACCACAUGACCAUGUUGCAGUGAAGCUUACUAAAGCAAAUCUGUCGCAGAUUGCUAAAACUUGCAAAUAUGUACCCUGCUGAAAGCACUCAUCUUUAGCCUACCCCUGGAAGAGUUCCACAGUGGAAACAGCAUACCAUAACUUCUGAAUUUCCUUGCGUCAACAUGCACUUAUUCAAUAAAAUGGGUUGAAAACCACCUGGCACCUUACAAUCUAGUAUGAAAUAAAAAACAUGUUAACAUGGUCGGCGUCACAGGCAUUUUUUUGUAGUCAACAUAAGUUCUUGCUUAGAUUGGCAAUGACAACACGCUGUUUUUAUCGUGAAAACAUAAUUGUAUUGGAAGUCAUUUUAUGGUCAAAGCCAACAUCAACAUAGGCUAUCAUGUUUUCAGUGCACCAGAGUCUUGCGUAUGCAGCACAGGGAGCACUGGUUCUUGUUAUAAAUCCAGACAGAAUUGUAGUAGGAGACGGUUAAUGCAAAAUCAGUACUGUAAGUACAGGUGCCAGCACAUUUUUUUAUAGAGGAAAAUUACCUUUCAGAUUGGCUGGUGACGUGGCGACAAAAUGGCAAAGUGCAUAAUCUUGGCAAGGCCGCUGUCCCCAGUAGCUACGGCUGCAGAGUACUUCAAUAUACACAGAAUACUGAUUUUGUGGCCCAUAAAGAGGAUGACCUCUCAUGACACGUAGCUGCGAAAAGCCGCCUGGGCAAGUAAACUCGGUAGAUUGGGUGUUUUUCUGACUGCAAGAAUCGGAAGUAGCGCCUAAAGUCUCCUUUUGCUCAAGGGCCCAUGCAUGCAUACGUGGCCUGCAUGUAUGUAUCUUUGUGUGAGCAUGGAGAAAAAAUAUGUAGCAGUGGCUUAGUUCGGCUAUACCAGGAUAUACAUAGCGUUAGCAAGGGUUCAGCUGAUUAUUCUUAGCUUUUCGUGUCUCCGCAGCCCGUUAGCCUUCUGUUCAUUCUUCCUACGCUCAACCGCUAAUUGCCAGGUAACUACUUCGGGAUCCGAUGAGUUAAGCUUCUCUGCUCUUCUGUGCCGUUGAGCAGCAUUUGCGCUAUCCUUCUCCAUGGCUAUACCACACUGGCAAACGCCAGUCAGAGGCGCUAUCAAGCUGCUCCAGCGUAGUGUCAGACGGCGACUGCACAGCAAAGGCAAAUAGCUGCGCUGGCGUCAGUGCAUCUGCCAUGGCUACGACGUCACUGUCUCUGGAAUGCGCAGACCGGCGACGGCGAGUCGCGCGCGGCGGCGGCGGAGUGCACGGGAGGUGCCGGCUCCAGUGCGCCAGCUGCGUGACAUCACUGAUCCUCGUGCAUGCGCAGCACGGCUCUUGAGGAGGCACGCGAAACUGGAUCGGCUAGGCCAGUGUAGAUAACGCUACAAAAAGCAUGUGCAUGUGUGUGUACUGCUGUUUACCAGGCCAGCAAGUUUUACCAGAGGAACCAGUGCAACGGAGCCUCCUUACUUUAGACCCUGGUCGAAGAAGGCAUGUCACAUUUUGCUUACAAUACCGGAGGUACAUCAGAUUUUGGUUCGCAUUGUUACACACUUUGUAACAACAAAAACUUUGUAUGUGUUAUAUUUGGGGCCAUAGCAGAAUACUACUGCCAUAAAAAAAGUGUGUUUUGGAAUUUUUUUUUUCUGCUUCUCUUUAAUUCAACGCGCAGAACAUUCCACCAACUCCACUAUUUUUGUCAAAGUUAAUGAAAAUCUGUUACAGUAUGAACACAUGGCAAGCAAAAAUAAAUGCAGGGUGGUGUGACAAUGCG